UGAAGCUAUAAAAUCAGAAAGAGGUAACUUCUGCAAAUAAGAAUUUUUGCAAUCACUUAGGAUUGAUUACAUCAGUUAACAAAGACACGAUUUGGCAACUUGGUGCUUAUUAAGGUAGUAAUUUUGCUGUGCGUUGGCGUCGCGUGGAUGCUUUAAAGUGUACCAUUUAUUAAAAUAAAAUAUAAAAAGUCUAUAAGAAAUGUCUGAAGAAGAAUAUGAAGAGCCUGAGAAGAAUAUUACUGAGGGUUAUCAACCCAAGGUAAAUGAAAUUGCCCAGAAUUUCCUAGCCGAUUUAGAUAAAGAACGUUCCCGUUUAUCGGAAGAUUUUCCCCUAUGCGCUUUGUUGAUUGAAGAAGCUUUCGACCGGGUUUACUCUACUGGUCGGAUUCCGGGCAAAGAAUUUUAUGCUGAUGUUUAUAAGCAAAGGCCGAUGAAAAUAACCCAAAAAGUGUUUGUGCCAAUCAAGAAAUAUCCAAAAUUUAAUUUCAGCGGCAAAAUUCUAGGACCUAAGGGCAACUCUCUAAGACGUUUGCAAGAAGAAACCCAAUGUAAAAUAUUUAUAAAAGGCCGCAACUCAAUGCGAGAUCGCAACAAGGAAGAGGAAUUACGUAAUUCAGCAGAUUCUAAGUAUGCUCAUCUCAAUAAAGAUCUGCAUGUAGAAAUUAGUACCGUAGCCCCGCCUGCGGAAUGUUAUGCUCGAAUAGCGUAUGCAUUAGCUGAAGUACGAAAGUACUUGAUACCUGAUAAAAACGAUGAAGUCUCACAUGAACAACUGCGUGAACUUAUGGAAAUGAAUCCAGAAUUAGCCAAGACCAGCGGUAAUGCGGAACUAUUCAAAUCAGUUUUUGAAAAACCUGGUGGAACCGGUGUGCCAAAAUAUUUACGUCUGCUU